AUGGAGGAUAUCGAUAGGAAGAAGAAGCAGAGAUGGAGCGUAACCUACACGAAGCACAUCAAGCAAAAGCGAAAAAUCUAUCAAGACGGUUUCUUAGACCUUCACUUCUCCACAAACAAGGUCAUGCUGUUUGAUGACUGCGACAAGUUAUUAGAAUGCAGAAUUUUGAAGGAUGGAGAAGUUGUUGGUUCCGGUGAAACUCUAACAUUCAAUGCAUUCCUUGUCGAUGUUGGAGAUGCUGAGGUUCGUAUCGAUGGUGAUAAGCCGCCGCCUGUAUCAGAUUUGAAUUUUCCAGGCAGAUAUAGGAAAAUUACCGAAAGGCCUACUAGUGUCAUGCGUCGACGAAAGUUUAGAAGUCCUUCGAUUUCUUCCUCCGAUGGAAAGGAUAGCGUGGAGAAGAAUAAAGCACGAACGGCUUGUCUAAGCACGUCCCAAAAGAUUAUCAGAGAGUUCAAGAAGAGUGAACUGCAAAGGUAUGGAAUGCCAGAGAGCAGUCCAGAUAUGCCCAAAAGUGCAACAGCAAAUUCACAUGUCGAAUCAUUUAGAAUAUCGAAAAGGCACCAACUCAUUUGGGUCCGUACAGACCAGUUUAGUGCUCAUUUAUACAUGGGAGCUGCAGUUAAGAUGGUCAUAGUCUUUAUGUGCAUGGAUGGGUUGGUGAAGCUGUUGUGUAAGAUUCUAACAGCAAUGCAUGAUAUCAUGCUUGAUUUGCACACCAAAAGACUCCCUUUUUAUGAUGAAUGGCAGGUCUUAUACACUACACAAAUGACUCAAAAGACCAAGAAGUACCACGAUGGUUUCUUAAGACUUGCAAGUUGUGGAUCCUUGGGGAGGCAGAUCAUGCUGUAUGAUGCAAGCAAGAACCAAUUGAAUUGUAGGUUCCUCAAGAAAGAUGAAAUAAUAAGUUCUGGUGAAUCGAUAUCAUUUGAUGCUCAUUUGGUUGACAUUGGAGAACCUGAAGGAGAAAAUCAGCUUCUAGAGGAUUUGAACAUUCAAGAAAAAAUUUUCAAUGAUGUUAGCAAACCAGGAAUAAUGCAUGGACAGCCUAAUUGUAUUAAAGACAACAAAUCUGUUGCUCAAGAUAAAACCAUCCUGGCCAAUAAGUUCCUCAGCUUGUCAGAAGAUGUGAAAGUUGGAAGUAUGCUUGCACUGCCAAAAUAUUUGGUAGAAGUUGGUGAGCCAUUAAUGAGUUCUGAAGAGAAACUUCAAAACAAUCCUUGUUCAACAAAAGCUGCAGACUCAAAUUUUAGCAUGUCCAUUGCUGAGGAGAUGAAAUUAUCUAAGAAUCCUUUGCAGGAUGGAAGAUAUCAAAACACUUAUUUUUUAAGGGAAGAUGCAAAUUCAAGAAGCGUGUCUAUUGAAGAAAGAACCAACUUAUGCAAUGCUAAACACAAAUCUUUACGCGAUGCCCGUCAAAUAUUGUCCGUUCUCCAGAAACCUGUUAUUCAAGGGAGUGUUGCUGUGCAGUGUGUUGAUAAGAGCAUAAAUGCUCCGAUUCUAUCUGAACACUCUGAAUUACCGAGACAAUCAUUGCCACAUGAAGGACCCAGUCAAAAUAUGGAUGUUAGAGGAUCAAUAAUAUCUGCUCUUAGUGGUAAUCAAUUUCCCAAUGACCCUGAAGCUGCUGGAAUUUCAGACCAGUGUCAUCCAGCCAAUGUUGAAGCUGACACCAAAUGUUGUGAUGAAGCUUCUGCUUCUAGUAUUUCUAGUUUGGUGAGUUCCUGCACUCAUGGACCUAAUGAUGAUAGAAGGAAGACUCUUGAUCAGCUCAAGAGUGCACGCAAAACGGAUGAAUUGCCAACUUUCGAUCUUGGAUUUUGA